AUGAACAGCCUCGCUGAGACACACGGGGACAACGCCGUGUUUCUGCUGGUGAACGUUAGAACGGUGGCAGAUGCCAAGAAGUAUAAAGAAGACAAGAAGCUCCACAGUGGCAAGAUGGUCCAUUGUGCGGCAAGGCCGCCUGCGGAGUACGGCCUCAAGUACAUCCCCCACAAGACGCUUAUUGACAAGAACGGCAAGGUCGUCAAGAACUUUGAUGGCGUGAAUUUGGCGUCGGAUGUUGCCGGCUGCAUCCCGAGAGUCCUGGUCUCACCUCCCUUAGGUGACGACUGCCACAGUGUGGCAUCUGAGAGAAGGCGCGCAGGCUUGGCAAUGCGUCUCGGAAGAUACCCGGUCUGCGGCCACGUUCGGGGCUUCGCCCCUGCGGAGCUUCGCCUGGUCUUAGCCGCCUUUGCAGGCCACCGGCAGGCGCUCUGGCUCAGGCCGAACAAAGACGAGGGCGGCCAGGAUACGCCAGAAGCUGCUGUGACAUUGCAGGACCUGGUCCUGCAGCUCCUCGUGGGGGGCUCACGGCUCGGCAACCCGCAGCAGCUACUCGAGACCGGAGAGGCCGUCUCGAUGCACGCUCCCUGUACCUCGCGCUUGGCAUCCGAGUUUUGGGUGGUCUUCGCGGAGCGAGUGACCCGCCUGGCAGGCUCCGAAAGCUUGGAGGGGCAGCAGAUGGCCUGGGUCUUCUCCACCUGUGCACGUUGGACGCGACGAUGCUUCGCAGUCGUUUCGCCAAGCUGGGGUCACAUGAUCCGAACCCUCGGGGGCAGACUGGCAGAGCCGGAGAACUUGAGCAAGCUUCAACUUCCUGAGGUGGUUGCCUUGGCCAAAGAUGCCGCGCACCUCGGAGAGCCCCAGCCGAGGCUCGCGGCUGCCGUCGGCCGUCGGGUUGGCUUGCCAGAAAGCCAUGGUGGGAGGGACCGCGGGAUGCAUGACCUGAGCCCGCAAGACCUGAUCGACCUCAUCGGCGCUGCUGGCUCCCUUGGUGGCCGGCUGCACAUGAUGACCCGCGCCUUCUCGAACCAGUUGGAACCACGCAUGCCGGAGCUGCCGACGUCUUCGUUGGCCCAGCUUUGCUCGCACUUGGGAGCCCUGAGCAUGUUUCCGCAGCGUCUCACGGCAACGCUCGAGCACGUGCUCGCCGAACGACUGAAACAGGAGCCGCUCGAGGCUGCCUCGGCGCUGAAGCUCCUGCGCGCCUUUGGCCGACUCCGCUGGCGGGCCCCUGGCGUGCUGGGCCCUGUGCUGGCGUGCCUAAGGAAGCCCACAUCCAUGGAUGCCCUGGGCGGUGCAGCGCUGGGAAGCCUUCUCUACGAGCUAUACAGACUGGACAUAUGGGACGAGGAAGCAGCCAGCGCGGUCUGCCAGAGGCUUCGCGGUCCCCCAUUGGACAGCGACUUGGACGACCCCCGGAAUGGUGCCCUGCACAUGGUGUCCUCGCUGCCCUGCAAGACAGCGGCCAACGUUCUUCUUGCAAUGAGCUACUUCGCGGUUCCCGACAAGGAUCUCCACAGACGCCUCGUCCAGGAGCUUCUCCGCGCAAAGGAUCUGCCUCAGGAAGCCAUGUACCAGGUGAAGACUUUUGAGAUGGCGAUCCGCCUGGGCCACGCAGCAGUUUCUCUCCAGGACCUCGGCGGUCUGGCCGCGCGCUGGCUCUUCAGCGUGCGCGGCGCCACGGGCGCACCGGAGCUGCGGGGAGAGUCUGCCUUCGCAGAUGAGGUUUCCCAGGUGGCGAGGAACAUCUCCUGGCACCACCGGGCGGAGGUGGAAGUGGGCCCGUACAUGCUCGACUUUGCUGCGGUCAGCACGGACGGCCAUGACCAGGAGAACCCGCCGGACGGCUGGGACGAGAACAAGCCUGGGCGCUCGCUGGCUCGGCACUGCGUGGCUGUGGAGGCGGAUGGGCCCACACACUUCUACAGGCCGCACGGAAAGCCUUGGCACUGGACCUCCACAUCCAAACUCCGCCACCGCCUGCUGUCGGCCAUGAGAAUCCGGGUGGCCCACGUGCCUUUCUUCGACUGGCUGCAGCUGGAAGGACUUGCGCAAAAGGAGGCCUACUUGACCGAACUGCUUCUCAAAGUGCACAGCAGCCCCUUCCCUUCACUGAAGCUCGAGGCCCCGGCAGGUGCUGAGCCAAAUGAGCCGCCCAAUGCCAAUGCGGUUGGGGCGGAGAGGACCAGGGGCAGCUACAUCCGGCGGAAGGUCAUCAUGAGGUCCCGAGCCCUUCAGGCACAGGCUGGUUAG